UCUCUCCCUCUCUGUGUGUGUUGCACGGUGUGCAGGCUACCCAGAAGUGAACAAAGCGACCCGGAAGCGGUGGUCGUGUCGGAGGCUGGCAGAAAGAACAUCAACCUUUUAUAUUAUAGCUCUUCUGGAAAGAGAACAUCUGCAAUCACGACUCCCUCAGGAUGGCGGAACCCCGGUUCAACAACCCAUACUUCUGGCCUCCUCCUCCCUCCAUGCCCAGCCAGCUGGAUAACCUGGUGCUCAUCAACAAGAUCAAGGAGCAGCUGAUGGCCGAGAAGAUCCGCCCGCUCCACCUGCCCCCGACGUCCAGCUCCUCCCAGCAGCCCCUGAUGAUGCCCUCCUCGCCCUCCGACGGAGGGGGUGGUGGUGGCGGUGGCGGCGGCGGCGGGAUCCAGCAUGGCAUGCAGGUGCCCAAGCUUCAGCCCCACCAAGUACAAGGCCACCACCCCUCCCAGCCCCAGUCCCAGGUGGGCUCCGGGCAGCCCGACAUCGCCCUGCACGCACGCCCCCCCUCCAGCUCUGGACCAGGUACGGUGGGGGCGUCGGCACAUUGGAUCUAUCAGAAUCUGAGUCCUAACUUGUUAGACGCAAACAUGGACAACAUGUCAGCAGUGAAGGCCAAAGGAUUGUGGGAAGACUGGCACAUGAGGCAGAUUGGUCUGGCCCCCUCGUCGCGACCCGAGAACCACGGCACCUCGGAGGCCCUCACCCCCACCACGCCCACCUCCAGCGGCCAGCACCGCAUGGGCGGGGCCCCCGGCGUCAACAUCCUCUCCGGGCUGGCCAGCGGCCCCGGCAUGGACCACAUGAAGGCGGGGGGCCUGGCGGGGCUCCUGGGACCCCCGCCCAAGGCCCCCCGGGGCCGGAAGAAGAUCAAGGCGGAGAACCAGUCGGGCCCCCUGCUGGUGGUGCCGUACCCCAUCAUGGCGGACCAGGGCUGCGUCACCAUCGCCCCCAAAGAGGGCAAGACAUACAGGUGUAAGGUGUGCCCGCUCACCUUCUUCACCAAGUCGGAGAUGCAGAUCCACUCCAAGUCCCACACAGAGGCCAAGCCCCACAAGUGUCCCCACUGCUCCAAGUCCUUCGCCAACGCCUCGUACCUGGCCCAGCACCUGCGCAUCCACCUGGGCAUCAAGCCCUACCACUGCUCCUACUGCGAGAACUCCUUCCGCCAGCUGUCCCACCUGCAGCAGCACACCAGAAUCCACACUGGUGACCGGCCGUACAAAUGUGCCCAUCCGGGAUGUGAAAAGGCCUUUACCCAGCUCUCGAACCUCCAGUCCCACCAGAGACAGCACAACAAAGACAAGCCGUACAAGUGUCCCAACUGUUACCGGGCCUACUCGGACUCCGCCUCACUCCAGAUCCACCUUUCAGCGCACGCCAUCAAGAACGCUAAGGCCUACUGCUGUAGCAUGUGUGGGCGCGCCUACACCUCAGAGACCUACCUAAUGAAGCACAUGUCCAAACACACGGUGGUGGAGCACCUGGUGAGCCACCAGUCUCCCCAGAGAACUGAGUCCCCCAACAUCCCCAUCCGCAUCUCCCUCAUCUAAGCCCCGCCCCCAGGACCCUGGGACCCAGCAGCAGACACGGUAUGAUGACGAUGAUGAUGACGAAGACGACGAUGAUGGUUCGUAGUCCAUAGGCCUGGAGAGAGAGUGGGGCCCUAUACCCUGCACACGUGGCCCUCAACAUUAGGUCUACCUAUGCUAUGAACACCCGACAUGAGUAUGGGAGGAGGGGGGGGGGGAGCCUGUACACGGACGACCUCAGACCUCCCCGCCACCCCUGUCUGUGACAUAGGUCAUCUGCUGAAGCGAUACUCGGCAGCACACGUUGCUUUGUUUUGUUAGUAUUCUUUUGAUUUUGUUCCCUUCCCCCGUUUGACGAAUGUAACGAUUGAGCUCCAUUAGUGCGACGAAACUAGUGCGACG